AUGGUGAAGACGAGGUGGACUAAAAAGAGGAAAAUUGUCGAGGAAGAACAAGAUUCAGGGACGGCGGAGAUUUCUCAGCCGGCGGAUCUCCCUGCGGUUGGUGAUGGAGAUGGUGAGGACGAAGUCAAAAGGAGUGAUAAAAAGGAUGAGGGAGUUGACUCAGAGACUGCGGGAGAAGAAGAGAAGGGAGUCGAAGAGGAUGUCGGAAGCGACGAAGGAGAAGAAGAGAGCGAGCCAGAUCCCGAUGGUGAAGAAGAAGAUGCCGAUGAUGAUGAACCGAUGGCACUACAACCUUUAAAAAUGUACUUUCCAGCGGCGGAGUAUAAGAAGAAGAUUAAGUUAGUUCAAACACAUUUGGCACUUGCCAAAGGACAAAAAUCACAAGGUUAUGGGCAUGUGGAUGCUACUUCUCCGAACGGAUUCAAUUGCCAAAACUAUCCAAUUGACUAUAACAAAGUUGGAAGCAAGAACUUUGUGAACAAUCAUUUCAAGAAUAAGAAGGUUACUCGUGAAGAAGUGAGAGAAAAGCUCAAGGAGAUGGUACCUAUGGAACGGUCUCGAGAUAGGUUGAAGAUGGCUGUCUUAUACUUCUUAUCCAACAUUGUUAACGCACCGACAAAGACAGGAGAACAAGCAACAAAAAUUGAUGAAUUUUUGCAAAAUGCGGUUAGUGAUCUUAAUUUUUGUAAGACGUUUCCUUGGGGGAGAUAUUCCUUUGAUUACAUGCUGGAAGAGAUUGCUCACACGAUGGAUCAUUUCCAUGGGACUGUCACUGAAGGUGUAUUAUGGCCAGUUGCAGGUUUAUGUAUUCCUUUGGAGCUUUUAGCAUUCGAGGCGAUUCAACACUUGAGGAGUCAAUUCAUAAAAGAUAAUCCAGGAGCAGACGUUACAUGUCCUAGGAUGUGCAGGAGAAAGUUCAAGAAAUGUGAACUGAGAGGGUUUCCUCUUGAGAAAAUAAAUGAUGAACUUGGUACAAUUAAGGACAUAGAUAAUAUCGUAAUACCUGAAGAUGAUAAUGAGAAGUCUCUUCUGACAAAAAUCACUGAAGAAGAAGAAGACGUCGAUGAUGUACAUGAUGUUGUUGUCAACAGUUGGAUGCAACAUUAUGAAAGAGGAUAUCAUGUCUGGUUUGAAAAUAUGUUCAAUGACGAUGUUCAGUCCCGAGCAGAAGUAGGGGGAGUAGGAGGGGAACCUGAGAAAGUGAACGAGGAUCUUGCCUUGAUUGAAGGACCGGUAUACCCUAGUGUAUCUGAUUUGGUGGAUCUCCUAAACUCCUUUAAAAAUGAGAUGGGAGAGAAGAUGGAAGGAAUUGUGGAUAGGCUUAAUGAGUGGGAAGAAAAAGUUGCAACAUUGGGAGAAAGAGUUGCAUCAUUGGAAGAGAAAUCGAAGACGCGUGAAGACAGUGGAUACCAUUCAGACCUUGCACCAGAAGGUACGGCUGGUCCUGCAGACCCACCACCAAAGCGAAUGACAAGGUCAUCAAGAAAUCAAGGGUGA